AUGGAGAGGUACGAGCUGCUCAAGGACAUCGGCGCCGGCAACUUCGGCGUCGCGCGGCUGAUGCGGAACAAGGAGACCAAGGAGCUCGUCGCCAUGAAGUACAUCCCGCGGGGGCUCAAGAUUGACGAGAAUGUGGCCAGGGAGAUCAUAAACCACCGGUCGCUGCGGCACCCCAACAUCAUCCGAUUCAAGGAGGUUGUGGUGACGCCGACGCACCUGGCGAUUGUGAUGGAGUACGCGGCCGGCGGCGAGCUCUUCGACCGGAUCUGCAACGCCGGGAGGUUCAGUGAGGACGAGGCCAGGUACUUCUUCCAGCAGCUCAUCUGCGGCGUGAGCUACUGCCACUUUAUGCAAAUUUGCCACCGGGACUUGAAGCUGGAGAACACGCUGCUGGACGGGAGCCCGGCGCCUCGCCUCAAGAUCUGCGACUUCGGUUACUCAAAGUCGUCGUUGCUGCACUCCAAGCCCAAGUCGACGGUUGGCACGCCGGCGUACAUCGCCCCGGAGGUGCUCUCCCGCCGGGAAUACGACGGCAAGACAGCGGAUGUGUGGUCUUGCGGAGUGACCCUUUAUGUGAUGCUAGUUGGUGGUUACCCUUUUGAAGAUCCUGACGACCCCAAGAAUUUCAGAAAGACCAUCGGGAGAAUUAUGUCAAUCCAAUACAAAAUACCAGAGUAUGUCCACGUAUCCCAGGACUGCAAGCAACUCCUUGCCAGAAUUUUUGUCGCAAACCCCGCAAAGAGAAUAACAAUGAGGGAGAUCAGGAGCCACCCCUGGUUCUUGAAGAACUUACCUAGAGAGCUCACAGAACCUGCACAAGCAAUGUACUACAAGAGAGACAACAGCGCCCCAACCUACUCUCUCCAGUCCGUCGAGGAGAUCAUGAAGAUCGUCCAGGAAGCACAAAAGCCACCUCCUUCCUCCACCCCAGUGGCAGGUUUCGGUUGGGCGGAGGAGGACGAGCAGGAGGACGGCAAGAAACCAGAGGAAGAACCGGAGGAGGAGGAGGAUGAAGAUGAGUAUGAGAAGCAGUUGAAUGAGGUCCGUGCCAGCGGUGAGUUCCACAUCAGCUGA